AUGGUCAACUCACUCAUCACUACUCUUGUGGGCAUAUGCUGUCUCACCUCCACGGCCUUAGGAUUCCCAAAUCCCAGAUCAGAGUCGAAACAUCACGCGCACAAUGAAACAAGCGACGUCCCGAGCCCUGGUGCUGAUGGCAAAUAUACGCUUGAGGCAGAGGGUAUCAGGGCCCAAUUUGUCCCUUAUGGUGCUGGUAUAAGCAACUUAUUUAUCAAGGACAAGAAUGGUACCGAGAGGGACAUUGUGCUCGGUUGGGAUAAUGCUUCGUAUUAUACACAGGAUCCAUGGCAUGACCAUUACGGUAGUGUUCCGGGAAGAUAUGCCAACAGGAUCAAGAACGCAUCAUUUGAGAUCGAUGGAGAGACGUUUAAAGUCGACGCCAAUGAACACGAUGGGUUAAACCAACUCCAUGGCGGAAGCAAUGGAUGGGACUACCGCAAUUUCACCGUUGUCUCAGUUACAAAGACCUCAAUAACAUUCUCAAUCUUUGACCCCGAUGGCGAAAUGGGCUAUCCUGGCGAUGUUAUCUCAUACAUCACUUACACACUCUCACCAUACACGUGGCAUAUCAGCAUGACGGCUACCGCUCUAACCAAAAAGACACCUAUAAUGCUGAGCUCGCACGUUUACUGGAACCUUGACGGGUUCCAGAACCCUGAAACUGAAUUGGCUACUGAUCACACGCUGCAUCUCCCUUACUCUGGGCUCAGAAUUGGAGUCGACUCUAUUCUCAUUCCCACAGGCGAAAUUCUACCCAAUGCCAAGGGCUCUGUGAACGACUUUUGGAGCGAGCCCAAGAAGAUUGGUCGUGACUUGGACUCACCAGAUGCAGUUGGGAACUGCGGAGAGGGCUGCACAGGGUGGGAUAAUGCUUGGCUCGUCGGAAAGCAUGAUAUAGACAAUGAGCCCGUUGCGUCCAUCUGGUCAGACUGGUCUGGUAUCAAAAUUGACAUAUUCACCGCCCAGGAGGCAUUCCAAAUGUACUCCUGCAACGGCAUGAAAGGAGAUAAACCAUUGAAGUCGACACAGGGUCUUCCGGGUCGUCGCCUUACACAGCAGUAUGGAUGUAUAGUGCUAGAAGUUGAGGACUGGAUUGACGGAAUUAACCAUCCGGAGUGGAUGCGUGGAGGGCAAAUCUGGGGCCCAGAGGAUGGACCGUAUGUCUUGGAGGCAACGUACAAGUUCAGUACUGUUUAA